GCAGGCAAAAAUGUUUUGAAAAGGGAUGUGGUGCAACCAUUAUAAUAAAUGUUGCCUCUAAUAUGCCUCCAAACCGAGCGCUAUCCCCGUUGACCCCUAGUGUGGUCACGGCGGCGUGAGGUCCGAGGGGCCCUGGGGUGUUGAAUAGGCCUUUAGAAAGCGCUGGUGCGUUGGCGAAGUUGCUGACUCAGGGAGGAGGUCACCACGCGCCACCCCCCCUUUCCGGCGGCACCCCCCCUUCGACCCGUGGCGGCCCAGUCAGGUUGCUCAUCCAGCGCAGAGAGCAUGUCAGCAUCCUAGCACUCACUCAGCCCCCCCAACAAUCAGCUGGAGGAACAAACUCUUUUGCAGAUGCAGAGUGGCGUAGCGCUCAAUGACGAACCCAGGUAAGUCGACCCCACGUGAUCCUCGAGCUCUUCACCGCCGCGCCCCGUCCUGCCCACCGCCGCUCUUUGCUGCCCACCCUCGAUUGUUUGGUUGGCACAAUUUGAAGCUGGGAGGGGGGGUACGGCGUCAAAUCACACGUUUAAUAGAAUACGAGCAGGCCUUUGUUGACCCUCGUGGCCAGGCCCUUCUGGAACACGCCGCCCAUCUGGAUGGAUCGGCCAAAGAAUGCCAACAUGGCAGCCGCCGCAGAAUAGCCACAAAGACGUUUUCCUCUAGCCGCCGCUAACCUCCGCAUUCUUAAUCUGCCGCUUCUACCUCCGGUUUGAAUAUGACACUUUGAAAUGCGUACGAAUCGGACUCGAGGUUAGGUUGGAUUACAGCGACCGAAUUUGGCCAUCACGUUAAUGCCUGGAAAGCAUAUGUACUUUUUGGUCUCUGACAAGAAGAAUAAGGAUGGCCAGACGCGGGAGCAGGACUACUCUUCUGAAAGCCAUUACAGAAUUGUCUCGCCAACAUUCCAGUAUAAGAUGAGCCACCGGCGAGUGGGCAAGUGCAUCAUCAUCAACAACAAAAACUUUGAAGAAAGGACAGGGAUGAAUGUCCGCAACGGGACAGACCGCGACGCCGGCGAGCUCUUCAAGUGCUUCAAGAGUCUGGGCUUCAACGUCUUCAUCUACAACGAUCAGACCUGCGAGAAGAUGGAGCGUCUCCUCAGAGAGGCUUCAGAGGAAGACCACAGCGACAGCUCGUGUUUCGCCUGCAUCCUGCUGAGCCACGGCGAAGAGGGCAUGAUCUACGGCACGGACGGCGCCAUGCCCAUCAAGACCAUGACCUCGCUCUUCAGGGGGGACAUGUGCAAAAGUCUGGUGGGGAAGCCCAAGCUCUUCUUUAUCCAGGCUUGUCGGGGUUCCGAAUUCGAUGACGGCAUCCAGACGGAUUCGGGUCCGCCCAACGACACCCUGGAGACGGACGCCAACCCGAGACAUAAGAUCCCGGUGGAGGCCGAUUUCCUCUUUGCCUACUCCACGGUCCCGGGGUACUACUCCUGGAGGAACCCCGGGCGCGGCUCCUGGUUCGUGCAGGCGCUGUGCAACGUCCUCAACGAGUUCGGCAAGCAGCUGGAGAUCAUGCAGAUCCUGACCCGCGUCAACUACAUGGUGGCCACCAGCUUCGAGUCCUGGUCCGAGGACCCGCGCUUUAGCGAGAAGAAGCAGAUCCCCUGCGUGGUCUCCAUGCUGACCAAGGAGCUCUAUUUCAACUGACGACGGCGGGGACGGACCGAGCCGUCCGAGAAGCAUUCAGGGAUGAUUCCGGCCCCGGCGGGAACAAGCGCUGCACUUUGGAUUGGGCCCGAAACGGAAUCUUUUUAUAGUGGCACUCCACUUUCUGGGUUUUUUUUUUUUUUCUUUUCCUCCUCUCUUCUUCAGGUUUUUCUUCACAACAGUGGCGUCACGUUUAAUCGGAUCUUUGUCAGCAGGCAUUGUGAGAUAUGCAUGUUCUUCUACUACCACUUCACUUUUGUUCCCGCACUUGUCGCUGCCAUUUCCUUGUCUGAAUAGGUGCCGUCUCGUCAUUUUCACUCGCAACAAGUUCGGACCAUAGAGACAAAAACCGCAACUUUGAGUUGAAACCACCAUCCUCAGGUUCAUUCAUGUCCCGUACAACGUUGAAAAAAAAUUGUAACCUGUUAACGUACUGUUUGCGAUCCAAAAUGAGUUUUUUGAAAGUGCGGACAAACUCAUUCAGUAUAGAAAUGAAACAUUUAUCAUGAGUGGAAAUCAUCUAAAAAUUUAAAUAAUCCAAUAAAUGAAAAAAAUGACCGUAAUUGGUUAUUUUUAAGUAUGACCCACUUUAGAAUCAUAAAUUAGAAAAAAAUUAAUAAAUCUAAUUUUCUGAUCUGAUUGGUGCCACCAUCGAAGAAGAAUUUCACUGUUUUCACGCAAGCUUGAUUGGAAGGCCUGCAAAUUGUGCCUUGAAAAACGAACAUUUCUGUUUAAUUGUAAGAAAAUCUCAUUUCUAUCGCAAUAUGGGACAAACGUUUGUCUGUGUGCUUGUGUCCAUCACAGAGGCAGCUAUUGACGAUGACAAGUGUCAACCUCACGGUACCCUUUCUCCGUGUCGCCGCACUCAUUCUCACACGUUGUCCGUGUUUUAUUUUUAUUUUUAAAUCGGUCUUUGAACAAUUUGAACACACCGGUGCCGAGCAAUGACAAACUUUCCGUUUGAAAACCCAAAACCGAGUAAAAUCGAUCCCUGGGAUCUCUGAUCCUAACCCAAACUGUGCAGAAAGGAGUGUUUGCGCCACUAUUAUGUUUUUUCCCCCCAUCAUUAUUUAGGGGUUCCAUUUUAAAUGCUUUCUGGUGUUAAAUGCUGUUGUCCUCACUAAAUUUAUUUGAAAGGCUUUAGAUGCAUGCAUGAAGUAAAAAAAACAAAUCAUCUGAACCAGUGUUGAAAAAAACACACACACAUCCAAACAGAAGAAUGCUUAUGUAAAAUUUUUAAAUAUGAAUUUCUUGUGUUAUGAGCUGAGUGGUUUGUAGCAACGCAUACAACCUACUGUACCCAACCACACAUUUUGUUAACUAAUUGGUUGUUUCUUGUACAUAAAAGAAAUGUGUGUAAAAUAAACAUUUACACAUUUUAUAUCGAA